AAAGCCUCUACCAGCUGCUGUCACUCGCAGUCCACAAAAUUCAUUUGCUGCUAUUAAAUCGUUUGACAAAGAAAUUACUAAAUAUUAGAAAUAAUUAUUAAUAUAAACCGAACGCGACAAUAAUAUCAGCGAUAAAUAUUGAACGUAUUCAGUAAAGUUCCAACUUGCGUAUUAACUGUUUGGUGGAAUUUCAACAGCUCACGCUAAAGAAAAAAAAAAUACCGGAGAAAAACGCGCGCCGCUUCAGCGUCAUCUUUGUGUUGUCCACAGAAGUCUUGAAAGUUCCUGCGCGUGGAGUUUUAUUUUCGUUGUCAGCUUCAGCAUGGCAAAGGUACACAUAACCAACGUUGUUGUGCUGGACAAUCCAAGCAGUUUCUUCAAUCCAUUUCAAUUUGAACUAACAUUCGAAUGCAUCGAGGAGCUGAAGGAGGAUCUCGAGUGGAAAAUGAUCUACGUGGGAUCUGCUGAAUCGGAGGAUUACGAUCAAGUGCUGGACACCAUAUACGUUGGCCCCGUGCCCGAAGGCCGUCACAUAUUUGUCUUCCAGGCCGAUCCGCCAGAUGUUAGCAAAAUUCCCGAACCCGAUGCAGUUGGUGUCACAAUUGUGUUACUUACCUGCUCGUAUCGUGGCCAAGAGUUCGUUCGCGUUGGCUACUAUGUGAACAACGAUUAUGCCGACCAGGAGAUGCGCGAGAAUCCGCCACCGAAGCCACUCUUCGAUAAGCUCACACGCAACAUCCUGGCCAGUAAGCCGCGUGUGACACGUUUCAAAAUUAACUGGGAUGAUGGUCACAGCCAGAAUGGCAACGGCUUUAAUGGCCAUGAGAACGGACACGACAUGAUGCACGACGGGCCAUCGACAUCAUCGGCAGCUGCGGCAUCUUCACAUCACGAGGCUGCAAUGGAUGAUAACAGUCUGGCCAUGCCAAUGGAGAAUGGCGUGACGGCGCUGAAUGAGAACUCAAAUUCACUUGCCAUGGAGUGUUGAAAUAUCCUCCUCGCCCCCUUAAAAUGCUCCUGGUCCCGUUAAUUAAGUACUUGUAAUUUAAACCUCAUCGCAGUUAAUAAAAUUAAUUAAAUUUAUCUCUAA